UCCUGAAAGGUCUCCAUCAUUAUCUCAUCAUCAACUUCAUUUAAAGGUUACACUUUUCAAAACUGCAUAAACUAGUUAAGAAAAAAUCAUCCAAAAUUCGCUCCCUUUCCCCCAUUUCAAGCAGCAAGAAGAAUCUACAAUGACAAAGACAAUGGAAGGUGGGAACCAAUAUAAGAAAGGUUUAUGGACAAAGGAAGAAGACAGGAUGCUUAUGGAGUGCGUUAAGCAGCAUGGAGAAGGGCAGUGGAAUCAUGUUGCUAAGAAGACAGGCUUGAAGAGAUGUGGGAAGAGUUGCAGGUUAAGGUGGAUGAACUACCUGAGCCCCAAUGUGAAGCUAGGCGAUUUUACGGAACAAGAAGAAGACCUCAUAAUUAGACUCCAUAAUCUCCUUGGAAACAGGUGGUCUUUGAUUGCUAAACGGGUGCCUGGAAGAACUGACAAUCAAGUCAAAAAUUACUGGAACACUCAUCUAAGCAAAAAGCUGGGCCUUCAGAAGCAAAACAGUCAUCUUGGUGUUUCUGGGGCAGUGAUAGUGUCGGACACCAGCAAAGCCAUUGAAGAUCAGGUAAGUAUAGGCAGCCAGAAGUUGGAUGAGGCCUCAGACUCACAAGAAUCAGUAAUCAGCCAGGGUUAUGUCAACUCUUUCUGGGAAUCUGAUAGCAUCUUUGAGUUAAGCAGCCUUGAUGGAAUUCUGGGAUGGAACUCUUUUGAUUUUGCUUCACAUUUUUCAUUCCUCAAUGAGGACCAACCAAGUUUCUGAACUAGCAAGUAGGAUAACUGCUAUUUAGGUGACACCUUUUCUCUGGUCAUUAAGAGGUAUGCUUAACAUGUUCGUUUAUUUCUGAAGAACAUAGUGUCAUAGAAAAGAUGCUACACAAGCAAAUUUUUAUUCAAAGUGCUAACCUGAAAAGAAUAAAAAAGAAAAAGGAGCGUGGAGAUUACUAGUUA